UCCCAUACAUUUACACAACUCAUAGUACCAUUAUCCAUUGAUUCAUCAUGCUCAUUCUGAUUGCAGGCAUCACCGGCAUGGUCGGCCAGACCCUUGCUCGCUAUGCAUUGGAAGAAGGCUAUCAAGUCCGCGGAUUGAGCAGGAACCCAGAUAAACUGAAUGCCGAUAUUGCAUCAAAGCUCGAGAGCUUUGUUGCCUGCCCCGACUUCCUCGAUAAGUCUUACCUUGCGAGAGCCGUCAAGGGAGUUGAUGUCGUUAUCGCAGCACUACCUCCAGUGCCUAGCAUUAUUGGAGCAGGACAACUGGCUCUCUUGCUGGAAGCCAAGAAAGCAGGUGUCAAGGUUUUUCACGCCGCUUCUUGGAACUUUGAUUGGACUAAGCUCGAGCUCGGCGAUCACGAGACGUACGAUGCUUAUAUCGCUUUCAAGCGUCUUGCCGAGCUCUCUUGCAGCUUGAAACCCAUCUAUGGUUUUACAGGUGCCAUCUUGGAUUAUUCGCUCAUUCAUAUCAAGGAUGCAGGUCGACCCAGUCUGAUCAACACUGAAACUCGAAGUGUUGCGUACUUCGGUACUGGAGAAGAGAAGAUGUCGUUUACUACUCUUGAUGACUUGGCAAAGUAUACACUGGCCGCUAUAAAUGAUCAGGAUAUCAUUAAGCGUGGUGUUUACUAUGUCGAGUCGUCUCAUUGCACUAUGCCGGAGCUCGCUGAUAUUUACGGCAAAGUGCGUGGCUAUGAGAUCAAGAAACAGUGCUUUGGCGGCAAGGCUGAACUUCAAGCGAUGUUGCAACAGGCUAGAGAGAAUAUCGGCGCUUUCGAAGCCAAUAAGUAUAUCGACUUGGCUUAUGGGAUGGUAUUUUUGAAUGGCAAGGCAGUUAUUGAUCCUAUUGAUAAUGAGAGAUGGGCUAGUAAGGUGACUCCUACCGGUCUGGAGCAGUGGCUCAAAGAACACCCUGAGGCCUAGUUCAAGAUUGGAGUUGGUUGUAGCACAAUUGUAAUACCGUCCUUACAGAUACUUUAAUAACACCGCUAGGUCUACCGAGUAAACGGACUUGCUCCUCAACUAAAUAAAAUCAAGAAACUCUUACGGUUGAACCAAG